UCACACUAACACACUACCACGUGCGGGUUUUGAUUUUGAUUUUGCUUUCUGUUUAAGUUGAUUUCAAUUGUCCGCAAAGAUGGGCAAAAAGAGUAAAGUUGGAAAAACCAGAAAGGACAAAUUUUACCAGCUAGCCAAGGAGACCGGCUUUCGUUCACGUGCUGCUUUUAAAUUGAUCCAACUUAAUCGGAGAUAUGGCUUCCUCCAGCAAUCGCAAGUAUGCCUUGAUCUGUGCGCCGCUCCCGGUGGCUGGAUGCAGGUGGCCAAGCAGAACAUGCCUGUGUCCAGCAUCGUAAUUGGCGUGGAUCUCUUUCCCAUUAAGUCAAUAGCUGGCUGCAUUGGCUUAGUGGAGGAUAUUACAACGGAAAAGUGUCGUCAGUCGUUGACCAAGGAGCUGCAGUCAUGGAAAGCCGAUGUUGUGUUACACGACGGUGCCCCCAACGUGGGCCGCAACUGGCUCUUCGAUGCCUACCAACAAAUUUGCUUGACUCUUAAUGCCCUGAAGUUGGCAACUCAGUUCCUGCGGGGCGGCGGUUGGUUUGUGACCAAAGUUUUCCGCUCCAAGGACUACAAUGCGUUGCUCUGGGUGCUGAAGCAGCUGUUCAAGAAGGUGCAUGCCACCAAGCCCAGUGCCUCCCGUAAGGAGUCAGCCGAGAUAUUUGUGGUGUGCGAGGGCUACUUAGCACCCGACCGCAUCGAUCCCCGUCUGCUGGACUCCAAAUACGUUUUCGAGGAGCUCGACCUGGACGCCAAGAAGCCCAAUAGUCUGCUGCACCCAGAAAAGCAGAAGCGCAUCAAGGCCGAGGGCUAUACAGCUCAGGACAUUGCGCUGCGCAACGAUCUGGCUGUCACCGAGUUUAUUAAAGCAGAAAAUGCCCUGGCAGCCCUGCAAGGUGUGGGCUCCAUCCGCAUUGAUAGCGUGGAAGUCGCCAAUCACAAGAAGACCACGCCAGAGAUUGUGGAGUGCUGCAAAGAUCUUAAAGUGUUGGGCCGAAAAGAUAUCAAGGGACUUGUGCUUUGGUGGAAGGCCCUUAGGGAUAGCUUUGUGAAGCCGGAAAAGACGGAGGACGAUGAAGCUGGUGACGUGCAGCCAGAGGUCGUAAAACCAUUGACCCAAGAGGAAAUCGAGGAUAUGGAGGAGGCCGAAUUCCAAAAGGAAAUUGACGCAGUCGCAUCCGAGGAGCAAAAGGAGCUCAAGCGCAAACGCAAGAAGACUCUAAAGACCAAGGCCAAGUUGCAUGAGAAAAUGAACCUCAACAUGGUGAUCAAGGGUGACGAUGGUCCCGUCGAGGAAAUGGAGCACGAAAUCUUUGACCUAAAAACCAUUAACUCAGCCGCUGAGCUGGACGACAUGCUUGAUGUCAAUCCCGAUAUAACUGUGGAUGAAUCCACCGACGAUGUGCACAAUCUUCCCAAGUACAAGUGGUAUGACAAGGAGGAGAGCCGACUCGACGAUGAUGCCAACUACGAGGACUGUGAUGACGCAGCAGAGGAAAGCGCUGACGACGACGAGGAUGACGACAAGCAGCUGGGCAAGCGUGGACUGGGCCUCAGUGACGACGACGACGAUGACAUUGUGAGGGGCAAAGGCAAGAAGCGAAAGCGCGAUGACAAUCCACUGAUCAAGUCAGCCGACUUUCGCGACAAGAACACGAAGCGACAGCAGCGCGUGCAGCUUUGGUACGAGAAGGACAACCUGCAGAAUAUAAAGUCCGAUGACGACGACGAGGAGAACUUUGAUCUGGACAAUUUGGCCAAGGAGUACAAUGCCAAAGGCGUCACAGUAUUGGGCGAGAGUACCCUUACCCCGGAUGCCACCAAGGGCAGGAAAGCGAAGCGUCGAGCACGACACCAGGAAACAGAAAAGGAUAGCAGCAGCUCGGAAUCAUCCGACUCUGAAGAGGAAAAUGAGCCGAAAGAUAAUGAAGCUGCAGGAAGCACGAAGAAAGUACGCCUGUCCGAAAAUGAGUUGGCAUUGGGCUCUUUAAUGGUUAGCAGCAAGAAAAAUCGUCGCGAUCUGGUAGAUGCUUCCUGGAACCGCUAUGUUUUCAACGAUGAGAACCUGCCCGCCUGGUUUGUGCAGGACGAGGAGGAGAACAUGAGGAGGCCAGUGCCAGUGCCCAGCGAGCUGACAGCCGAGUACCAACGCAAAGUGCAGGAGCUGAAUGUCCGUCCCAUCAAGAAGGUCAUGGAGGCAAAGGCUCGAAAGCAUCGUCGCACCACAAAGCGCAUGGCCAAGGCCAAGAAAAUGGCCGAGAAGAUUAUGGAGAAUGCCGACGCUACCAGCCACGAGAAGUCCAAGCAGCUCAAGAAGGUGUACAAGAAGGCCCAGGAGAAGAAGAAGGAGAUCACAUAUGUGGUGGCCAAGAAGCAAUCGGCGGCUCGUCGAGCACGUCGUCCGGCCGGUGUCAAGGGACGCUAUCGUGUGGUUGAUCCGCGUGAGAAGAAGGAUAAGCGCUCGUUGGUGGCAAAGAAGAAGCGUGAGAAGGGCAGUAAGGGUGGCAAGGGAGGCAAGGGAAAGCGUAAAUAAUAGGUCUUAAAUAAAUGUAAAGAAAAUGUUAUAAAA